AUGCGUACGCGUACACUUCUGAAGUCACUGCUAGCACAAGACCCAACUUGCAUCUCAUUCUAUGCACCAAUUUUUCAGUCAUUGACUGGCCAGAACUUGUUGAAACUAGGCCAACAAGUCCAUGCCCAGAUGGCUCUGCGUGGGCUCGAACCUAAUGCGUUCCUUGGGGCCAAGAUGGUUGCAAUGUAUGCAAGCUCAGAUAAUCUUGACUCAGCGGUUAAUAUCUUUGAUAGAGUAAAUAACCCAUCUACACUUUUGUAUAAUUCGAUUAUUCGGGCAUACACUCUGUAUGGCUACUCUGAGAAAACGAUGGAAAUUUAUGGUCAAAUGCAUCGUUUAGGCCUUAAAGGUGAUAACUUUACGUACCCUUUUGUUCUUAAGUGUUGUGCUAACUUGUCGAGCAUUUGGUUAGGGAAAUGUGUUCAAAGUCUGAGCUUGAGAAUUGGGUUGGAGUCUGAUAUGUAUGUUGGGACUUCUUUGAUUGAUAUGUACGUGAAAUGUGGUGAAAUGAGCGAUGCUCGUAGUUUGUUCGAUAAAAUGACUGUGAGAGACGUUUCUUCUUGGAAUGCAUUGAUUGCGGGGUACAUGAAAGAUGGAGAGAUUUGUUUUGCUGAGGAUUUGUUUAGACGAAUGCCGUGCAAAAAUAUUGUGUCUUGGACUGCUAUGAUAUCAGGAUACACUCAAAAUGGGCUUGCUGAGCAAGCAUUGAUUUUAUUUGAUGAGAUGUUGAGAAAAGAUUCAGAGGUUAAGCCCAACUGGGUGACUAUAAUGAGUGUUCUUCCUGCGUGUGCACAUUCAGCUGCCCUUGAGCGUGGGAGACAAAUUCACAAUUUUGCUAGCAGGACUGGUUUGGACUCUAAUACUUCCAUACAGACAGCGCUCCUGGCAAUGUAUGCUAAAUGCGGGAGCCUUUCUGAUGCUCGUCAGUGUUUCGAAAGAGUACAUCAAACUGAAAAUAGUUUAGUUGCAUGGAAUACUAUGAUAACAGCUUAUGCCUCCCAUGGACGUGGAUCAGAAGCUGUAUCUACUUUUGAGGACAUGAUCGGAGCUGGGCUUCAACCUGAUAACAUAACAUUCACAGGAUUGUUAUCUGGAUGCAGCCAUUCGGGGCUCGUUGAAGAUGGCCUGAAAUACUUUAAUUGUAUGAAGACAAUAUACUCUAUUGAACCCAGAGUGGAACAUUAUGCUUGUGUUGUUGAUCUAUUGGGUCGUGCAGGGCGCUUGGUGGAAGCAAUAGAUCUUGUGAGUAAAAUGCCAAUGCAAGCAGGGCCAAGCAUUUGGGGUGCAUUGUUAUCGGCUUGUCGAAAGCACCACAAUUUGGAAAUUGCUGAAAUUGCAGCUAGAAAGCUAUUCAUCUUGGAACCAGACAACAGUGGCAACUAUGUCCUGCUAUCAAAUAUAUAUGCUGACGCUGGCAUGUGGAAGGAGGUGGAUGAUUUGAGAGCGCUUUUAAAAUCUCAAGGCAUGAAGAAGAAUCCUGGAUGCAGUUGGAUAGAGGUCAACGGGAAAGCCCAUCUGUUUCUUGGUGGAGAUACAUGUCACCCUCAAGCAAAGGAAAUUUAUGAGGUUUUAUUGGAAGAGUUGCCAAAUAAGAUUAAGGCAGCCGGUUAUGUACCUGACACUAGCUUUGUUCUGCAUGAUGUUAGUGAGGAGGAGAAAGAACAUAACCUUACAACCCACAGUGAAAAGCUUGCCAUUGCCUUUGGACUUCUUAAUACUAGUCCUGGAGUAGUUCUUCGUGUGACGAAGAACCUUCGAAUCUGUGGAGAUUGUCACACGGCCGCCAAGUUAAUAUCUAGAAUCUACGAACGGGAGAUCAUUGUAAGAGAUUUGAAUCGGUUCCAUCAUUUUAGAGAUGGUUGCUGUUCCUGUGGAGAUUAUUGGUGAUUAAAAAAGAGCUUAAUUUCACAUUAGUCAAAUCUGUGAUAUGUUUGCAAGGCCACUGUUGUCAUCAGCCAUAUUCAGUUGAAUAUUUCAGAUUCUCAGGCAAACUUCCUGCUUGAACCGUGUCGCUAAAGGAAGAACCAAAACAGAAAGGGUUCAAAGGCUAUGAAAUAUGCAAGACAACCACUGCAAGUUGAGGAUUUUUGCUUCACAAGUGGAAUGCAUUCAGAAAGCUCUAAGAAGCUCACACAAAGCAUGGAUUGAUUGGCAGAUUGAAAAGCUUCUCGUCAAUGCUUGUUUCGAAGGAGAUGGUGCUCGCGUCUCACAUAUCCUUGGAUGUAUAUAAUUUAGAAUGCUGGUGGAAAG